AAUGAAAUUGGUCUCAACUUAUGAAAGCGAGUUUGUUCAAACUCUUUGUUUUUGCUUUUUGAUGCUCUACUCUUCAGGGUUAUACAGUAUUGGGUUUUUCCCUCCGAAACCGCCGAAUUACAUCAGGAGCGAAUGGCACCAUCUUUCUACUGUGACCGAAAAAUCAACAGCAAGAGAGGAGUUUUCAAACCAACCUAAGUAUCGAAAGCUCGUCUCGAAGUUGGUUUUAAUGGUCGUCGAUGGAAUGAGAAAUGACAUGGCCCAAAAUUUGUCCACAUUCAAAAUGGUGAAACAAAAAAACAUAGCUAGUGCCGGGAUUAUGAAGUUCGUUGCAAAGGCAGAGACUCCGACCGUGACCAUGCCCAGAAUUAAAGCCAUAGUUACAGGUGACGUCCCUGCGUUUGUGGAUGUGUUCGGAAACAUGGACGCUAGCCGCUUUGAGGGCGAUAGUCUAAUUGACCAGUGGUUCGAUAGAGGAUACAAAGUUACCAUGUUUGGAGAUGAAACGUGGCACCGUCUAUGGGGAGACAAGUUUGUCAGAAGUGAUCCUGUGACCUUUUUUGUCAACGAAUACGUCCAGGUUGAUCUCAACGUUAGUCGCCAUUUGGAAAAAGAACUUAAACGUGAUGAUUGGCAGGUCAUGAUCCUGCAUUUUGGAGGUUUAGAUCACAUUGGACAUCUUUAUGGAGCUUUUAGCUCUCUGAGCCCAGGGAAGUUAGAAGAGAUGGAUAGGUAUAUAACGCAAAUACUGGACGGUCUGAAGAAGAAUGACAAAGGAGAUAAUGAUUGGAUGUUGGCGGUGACCUCUGACCACGGGCAAGCAGAUGCGGGGGGUCACGGAGGGCCAACAGAAAAUGAAGUAUUGACUCCACUGUUGAUUGCAUCUCCUUUGAUAAAGAGAGUAUCAAGUCAUCCUAAGGAGACACUGGUUAAGCAAAUUGAUAUAACCAGCACCUUAGCCUAUCUUACUGGUGUUCCAGUUCCUGCAAAGAAUUCCGGAAUGGUUAUAAUAGAUUUAAUUGAAUCAAUUGUCUCUUCGAGGGAAGCUAUACUACGCUACCUGAACUACAACAGUCAGCAGUUGAAAAAACUACUGGAAGAAGUUAGUAGUUCGGCUAAGCUGGAAGUGCUAGGUCUUGAACAGGCUAUUCAGAGGCACCAUUUAUGGCUGAGGAAUUAUCCAUCUAUCGACGAAUCACAGGUGGUUGACGAAGUGAGGCAAAAUGCUUUUAAUAAAGUUCGCUCUGAAUAUAUCUCGGCUCUCAAGGAAGCAUCAGAUGCUAUCGCAAGCCACCUGACAAAAUUCGAGCCUUUUUUCAUCUAUGUUUCUUUAUUCACAAUUUGGACUUUGCUGAUGUUUCUGAUCUUGAGAAUUUCGACGGCUAUCUAUGAAGACAAUCGAAAGCGAAAAAGAAGCGGAAUUUUCUUCAACAUCGUAGCGUCAACGCCACAUAUUUUGACCAUAAGUGUGUUUAUGGUUUCGUCAUCAAUAUUCGUUACUCUUAUUACCGUAUCAGGAGUUCGAAUCCCGCUGGGCUCAAUAAUUUUCUUCGGAUCAUCAUUUUUUGCGAUACUUUCAUUUGCAUUUCUCCUUGUUGUGCUAGUGAUUAUUUUUGUCACAAAGAAUGCGGUAGACAUCAGAAUUCAUCGGUUGAUAAUCUGGGUAGCUAUUCACAGUGUUCUAAUGACAUCUUCGAGUUUCAUCGAAGAGGAGCAUCAAAUUGUGUAUUUUGUGGGAACAUCAGCGUUAAUCAUAAUCAUCAUACAGAGAUUAAGUCAGCAUAACAUAGUUCUUUAUAUGAAAAAGCUGGAGGAUUCGACAAAUCCACGAACCAUAAAUGCAGAAAACAGUACUCGAACCAUCGCUUGGGUGGUGCCUAGGGAUGUCGUAUCAGCAGUAGCUGCUCUCUGUCUGUUUCGACUUAUCCGUAAGUUCAACCAGACAGGUGACAAGUGGCUCAGCUAUCCUGAUAUUGGCGAUUGGCUUCUGCAAGAUGGCAAUCAACUAUUCUUAGGCUCUCUAUAUUGCGGCGCGUGCGUUGCUGUGCCUGUUUUGCUGCUCAUUGCCUUCAGAAGUAUCGCAGUGAUGCUGCUGUCUUCACUUGGUUUUGUGUUGGUAGUUGGAUACCACGCAUCUGCAUACAAAAUUGAUUUGAUAGAUUACAUGGCUAUGGACGAUCACGGCCUGUUUUAUGCGAGUUGCCUGCGAUGUUACUUUGCGGUUUUGAUUGUGUCACAGCUUCUCUCAAACCUGGCAGCGCUUAUCACCACCUCUCCAAAGAUUGUCGACACCAAAAAGUCACUGAGCGCAAUGCUAUUUAUCUACUCUCUGCUUUUACAGGUUCCCCAAGACUUCUUCGUAUUAAUUCUUCUUGUGCUAUUUACAUAUCUUCUCAAUCCGGUUCUCAGUGCAACAAAAUUAGAAAAUGUUGAUCAAUUUUUUAUCUGUAACAUGUUUGCGAGAAGUGCAUUUUUCGUCCUUGGUAAUUGUAACUCUUUUACAACUAUUGACAUACAGGCUGCGUAUACUGGUCUCAGUGACCAUAACCUGGCAAUGGUGGCUUUCCAGUUGUUUUUGGUUAUGUUCUCUGGGCCUCUUAUAAUCUACUCUCAAAUGAAUGCAAAUCCUGUCUUGAUAAACAUAGACAAUAAUACAAAUACAUCUUCAAAUUGUGUGCUAUUUUUGCUAACUUACCGAUGUUGUACAUGUGCUGUUGUGUUAACAUGUAGCUGGUUUUUAAGAUUUCACAUAAUGACUUGGACUGUCUUUUCGCCCAAAGUCAUUUUUGAAAUCGGCUGGGCUAUUUUUGAUUGUUUAUUGGCCAUAGUUUUUGCAGCGACGGCUGUAAUAAAGUCUUUGUGAAGAAUGAAUGAAAGGCAACAAGUCCUUUUGAAGGCGAAACUAUGCAGAACCUAUUUAAAACUCUCACAAGGAAUAUCGAAUUUUUAAUUCAAAAUUUUCCAAAUAGUUA